CAGUAACAUAACCUUAUUUAAUUCCAGACGUUUUAAAUAAGUUGUUCAAUUCAGUAUGUUUUGUUAAAAAGAUUUUCCUCGUAAUUGAGUUGCGGAAUAUUUCUGGAUAUGAUAAAAUUUUUUGGAGGAAAGCCCUUUAGAACGCUGUUUUUAAUAAUAUUUUCAUUUCUGUUGGGAUGCAUGAUUACAAUAAACUUAACUCCUAUAGAAAAGACAUGUAGAAUUGAGAAUGCAGAUAGAGAAUAUAAUAUUAUGCAAAAUUCUAAGUUACGAAAUCCUGAACUUAUAAUUCUAAUACUUUCAGCACCAAAUAACCUCGGUAAAAGAGAAACAAUAAGAGAAACAUGGUUAAAACUUUAUAAUGAAAACUUUGAUGGAUCUGAUAAUAAAGAUUUUAAAAUAAAGCAUUAUUUUGUGAUAGGAAGUUUAGGUCUAAAUGCUGAUCAGUUAUUACAUUUAAGUUCGGAACAAUCAAAGUAUAAUGAUAUUUUAAUAUUACCAGUGCUUGACACUUACAAAACUCUAACAGAAAAAAUUAAAAGAAGUUUUGUAUGGUUAAAUGAUCAGUAUGAUUAUGGAUUAAAUUUCAAAUAUGUGCUAAAGUGCGAUGAUGAUAGCUAUGUGAAUUUAUUAAUGUUACCCCAAGAAAUAAUUGCCAUAGAAAAUUCGUAUCUUAACUCGGACCUUAAGUACCCAUUUAAACCGAAAUCAGAACAAAAUAAUCCUUAUUUAUCAACAAGUAUGCAAGUCAAUGAUAAAGAAAUUAAAGGAAAAUAUCUCAGUGUCUAUUGGGGCUACUUUUCAGGGUCUGCCAAGAUAAAAACAAAAGGAAAGUGGAAAGAGAAUGAUUGGAUUGCUUCCGAUAGAUAUACACCUUACGCAUUGGGUGGAGGCUAUAUUUUAUCUAAGAAUUUAAUAAGUUACGUUGCCAAAAACACAGAAGAUUUAAGAUCAUUUAAUUCGGAAGAUGUGAGUGUUGGUUUCUGGCUAGCACCCAUAAACAAUAUUCUUCGAAUUCAUGAUAUUAGAUUCGACACAGAGUGGAUUUCGAGAUCAUGUCGAAAUACCCAUUUGAUAAUUCAUAACUUGUCUCAACAAGAAAUGAGAAAAAUUUACAAUAAUUAUGUUCAGCAUAAGACUUUAUGCUCGGAAGAGGUUGAUAAGAGAAGUUAUUACAUAUAUAAUUGGAGUGUACCUCCUAGUCAGUGUUGUAAACCUAUUAAUGAAAAUAUCAAUUCCUAAAAUUAGAUAUUUAAUGUUGUAUCGGAAUAAAUGUGCUCAAUUUUCCAGUUGUGAUCCUUAUUUGUAGUGUGAUUAUCUUAUGAUUACCAGGGCUGGUGGAAGAGGUGAAAUAAUGUAAUGUUUCAUUCUGCUCUUUAGCCCCUAAUAAUAUUUAUGUAGAUACAUAAUACAUAUAUGUACUAAGACCUGUUGAGUCGUUUAUGUAUCAAGGAUGAGACACAAUUGCAGUUUCGAGCAAAACACAACUGGUACAACAGUGUAUGUGACAAAAGAUAAAAUGCGACAGGGUUUUUCUCGUUUUCAAAUUUUAAGGGGAAGUAUCGUAAAUAAAAAGAUGAAUACAUUCUGAGGUUUUAUUGGAAUGUUUACUUUUUAUGACUGGUUUGUUUUCGGUACUAGAAUAUUUUUUAUUUUUAUCGCCAAUCGUCAAUGAAGCCUUGCAUUAUCAUAGUGAUUUUCGGAAGUAAACAUUUUAUUUUACUGUAAAAAUCAAGCAUUUUAUCUGACAUUAAUCAGAAAUCGUUUGACACUGUCACUGCCCCAACAGUAAGUUUUGUUACGAAUUAUUUAUAGAAAAUGAUUAAAGAGGACAUUCAGUGCACGUCGCCUGAAAUUCGGAUAGUCGUUAAAAAUGUGUUUCAAAAUUCUACUGCAAAUAUCAGUCGAAAAAUACAAUCGCCAGUAUCCAUAUUCAUGAAAUGAUGCAAGAAACAGAAUUAAAAAAUAUUGUGAAAAUUUUAAGUACUCGCAAAUUUUUUCGAGUUAUCGAAAGGGUUUUCUUCUUCAAUGUGAUUAUUCCUUGGUGAAAGCAACCCUUUCUACAAAAAUUAACAUUGUCAUUGGUAAAUAUAAAAAACUGAUGACUUUUUUAAAACAAAAAGGAAGAAAUCGUAUUCCAAAAGAGUCCAAUAUUCUUUCACAAGAAGAAAUAUGUACUUAAAUAUUUAUUAAAUGCACCGGAUAAAAUCAAUUUAAUGAUGAAGGUAAUUUAUGCUAACUUUGUUUGGCACUGCUGGGGCUUUACGUAGUGAAGAUUGAAGAACUUUUGUGUUUAAAAGUAAGUAACAUAGAGCAGAAAGAAACAAUUCUGGUUGUUCAUGUAAUUAAAACAAACCAACAGACCUCCAAUAUUUGUGAUCACUUCAGUUUGAAGGAAAAGUAAAAUCUGUAGAAUUGUUUAACAAAUAUUUAGCUCUGCAUCCUAAACAGAUGCCCCACGACCAAUUUCUUCUUAUAGAAAUGGUAAAUGCACAGUCCAGCCAGUUGGAAUCCAUACUUUUGUAAGUAUACCAAGCAAAACUGCUAACUAUCUGCAUUUGCCAGAACCAUCACUUUAUACGGGACAUUGUUUUCAUCGCAUAUCCACCAUCUUUGACGAUGCAGGCGGCAGUAAGGAAAAUUUAAAACAUUACAGGAAGUGGAAAAGCGACACAAUUGCAGAAUCCUAUGUUGAAGAGUCUGUGCUCAACAAAAUGAAAAUUGCAAAGACGAUUUUAGAUGAAGGUCAAACUGAGAACAUAUUUAUUACUAAUAAUAAUUUUACUAAAGAUUUACAAAUUGUUAACAUAGAUUUCUAACAUUUUUCAAUUGAAACUCCGUAACUUCAGGAAUUGAUUUUUAUAAUGCAUCAAGGUGUACGUUCAUGUUUAACACCUAUUUAACAAAAAAUAAGUAGAUUUGUUUUGUAUUUGCUGUUAUUUUUCUGUUUACUUUGUCAUAAUAAAAUGUGAUA